ACACGCUCUGACCAACUGAGCUACUCCAGCACAUUUGAACAAGCGUGAAUGGCUAUGGAAAAAGAAGAAGUAGGGCGCAUUGUUGGUUAUGGCGACAAACUCUCGCCAUGCUCGCUCCAUCAUCUUCCCUGUAGCAUCGCGCACAACGGGCCAGCUAAUGUCUCGGCGUAUUUCGGCAGCAAGAGCACUGGCGCGAAGGCGGAUGGAAUGGAGAUCCAGGAAGCAGCAUUUCGGGGCAGGAGGCUGCUGGGAUCGACGCUGCCGCUGCCGCAAAACCACCGAGGAUUUGUUCUUGAGAAAGCUCCAAGCAACCCUGAUGAUCCAGACGAGUGGGUUGUGAGAUCGGAGUUUCGCGAGAUCACGUACUGGAACCACGAUACCAUGCCAUCGUUUUGCGAUUCUCUGCCUCGCUGCAUCGAUUGGCUCAACAUUUCUGCGUCGGUAAAAUCCACAAGCCCGUCACCGCUGAUCAAGUUGCGAGUGUUCUUCCAAUCGAAGAAGAAGCGAUGGCUGGCAAAAGAAAAUCCGAAGUCUAGUAGCGCAGCAUAAAAAAUCUUCUUCGUUUCAUCGUUCUUUCAAUCACCAUGUCAUGCCAGGAACUCAUCACAAGUUCUUUCUUAGAGAUAGAUCCCUGGAACGGCCCACGAGGAUGAAUCAAACGUCAGGAUUUUCAAA